UUUCCAUCAGUAGCAAUCGUAGGAAAUACAUAAACCAAAUCAAAACAUGCCGAUAAUAGCCAACGAGACAAUAAGGAACAGAAAAGAGGUCAACGGUCAAAUAACUAAGCAAACACCCACUUGCAAUGUAAGCCAUGGUCUAGGUCGAAAGAAAUCGCUGACUGGCGUCUGCCAGAAAGUAAAAAAUGUCAAAAACUAUAAACUUAGCGAGGAAGGUGCAACGACUUGGCUUAAUUGCCAUAGUCAAACUAUUGGCGUACAGAAAAAACACAUCAGGGAUUUGGGAAUAGACGUAAAUAAUUUUUUUGAAGGACCGGUCAUGAAAAAUCGUUCGAAACCUUUAACCCAGAAAAGAAAUAUUUUAGAUACACGAUAUGAAUCGAAGUUGCGCAAUGACACCAAUGCUUCUGGAGGUGAUAAUAAUAUAGUAACUCAGCAACAACCUUUAAAAAUAUUCUGCCUCGAUAAUAAGGUACAAAUUCUAUUGAAUCCCGAGAUAGUUAAACCGAUAGAUAAAGGCAUUCUAGACAAGUUAAGGAUAUCGCCGCGACGCGCCAAUCAGUCCCGAAGUUGCCGAGUUCAGAAGAGUAACGAUAGUAAUUUAUCGAAACCUUUAUAUAGCACAACCAAAAGAAGAAGAGCAAUGAGGAUGUCUAAGAAAGAUGUUGAAUAUGAUAAUAUAACAUUGUGCAACUUCGGAGACAUAAUACCCAGGAAUUAUCCAAUGUAUAAUGACAGUGAAAAAUGCUAUAGCUCUGACACUGGCAGCGAUGGCACGAUAACAGAAAGCAGUGUAAUAGAUAAUAACGAUAUAUUUACUUCUGAUGAAGACGUUCAAAGUCUGACAGGGUAUGAAUCGGGUAUAUCCACAGAAGGUGAAGAUCAACAGAAGGUGAAGAUCUUAAAUUCAGUGAAAGAAGCAGAAAAAGAGAUCCAUGGACAUAAGGCAGAUGAAUUGACAGGACACUCAAAAGAAGACGAGAGACUGCUUCCGGAAAAUUACUUGAUUGUUGACAACGAUUUAAAAAAUGAUCAACAGUAUGACGAAUACAUCAAAUGCAUCGAUAAACUAUUCCGUGAGUUCAAUCCAACUAGGAAGGUACGACAAGCAUAUGUGACCAUUUUGCAAAUUGCUACCCCUCGUUGGACUCACUUGGAUGCCUCACUUUUGACGACAAUUCUAUUAAGCUGUGAUAAACAGUUGAAAAACCAGGUCAAUCAUAUUUGGAUGGUGCAUCAACCAUGUGUGUACAUUUUGCAUGUUACUCGCCCUAGUCAGCAUCACUCUUUUGCAACACAUCUGCAUUUGGAUUACCUUAUUCGUCCAGGAGAGUGGAACAACUAUGAUGAUCUCCAUCCAACUCUAGUGGUUCAAGUGCCGUUAACUUCGCUUGGAUAUAACGAAGACAAGGAAUCGCAAUACAUCGAACAGAACCAAGAGGCAAUGUUUGCUGAUAGGUCCAAUCAUACAAGCCCCAUAGAAGUGAACCACUAUAGGCAGUUAUUGAAUAAUAUUUACCGCAGAAGAAUAUUGCUUGAAACUCGGCGGUUUGAAGACGAAAUGGGCAAUGCAAAUGGGGGGAGGAAAUGUGUUAUUUUUGAAUUGUGCACAAUGUGUAAUAUUUGCAGUGCAAUUGCCAUCUCCACUUCGUUCUUGAGCUUUCAAAAUAUAUAUUCUGAGCGACCGAAGUCUCUAACAUUUUGGCAGAAAAUUUUGCUAUGUUUUGGUAUCGAUAUAUUUGAUAAUUUCAAUUACAUUUUUUAAACUAAUAUAUUUAG